AUGGUUACGAUCAAUCAUACUAAUCUACAAGAACGUCUCGUAGCUUUAUGUCGUCAUCGUGGCUUUAUCUUUCCUGGAUCAGAAUUAUAUGGUGGUCUAGCCAAUAGUUUUGACUAUGGACCACUUGGUGUUCUCAUGAAAAAAAACAUCAUGGAUCGAUGGUGGUUUGAAUUUGUACAGAAACGUCCCAACUGUGUGGGUCUUGACAGCUCGGUCCUGCUCAAUUCGGCAGUCUGGACAGCAUCCGGCCAUGUUGAUAACUUUACGGAUCCCAUGGUGGUCUGUGUACAAUGUAACUCCCGCGUCCGCGUCGACAAACUGCUCGAGCUGAAGUUGCAGACACAGGACGAGAUUGACGCUGUGGUGUCAUUGUCGAUGGACGAGAUGGACGCCUUGCUCCUCCAGCACGACGUGGCAUGUCCUAACUGUAGCCAUCAACGUAGCUUUCAACCUGCCAGGAAAUUUAAUCUGCUAUUUCGCACUAAUAUGGGUGCCACCGACGAGUCGUGCGAUUGGAUCUAUCUACGACCCGAGACGGCACAGGGUGCUUACAUCAAUUUCGCUAAUGUGCAGAGCACCAUGCGCAAAAAACUGCCGUUUGGCGUCGGUCAGAUGGGCAAAAGCUUCCGCAAUGAGAUCUCGCCUGGACAUUUUUUAUUUCGUACGCGCGAGUUUGAGCAACUGGAGUUGCAGUUCUUCACGCACCCAAACGAGUCGGACAGUUGGUAUCUCUACUGGGUGAACCAGUGCUACGAAUUUCUAACCAAGUACGGCAUCAAGUCCGAGAACCUAAGGAAACACGAACAUGCAGCUGAGGAACUAGCCCACUACGCGCGCGCUACGACGGACAUUCAGUUUAACUACCCCUUUGGUUGGAGCGAGUUGUGGGGCAUUGCCAACCGUACGAGCUACGACCUGAAGAAACAUAUGGACGCGAGUGGAAAAAGCCUUACAUACCAGGAUCCCGUUGCGAAGGAAGAGUUUUUGCCGCAUGUCAUCGAGCCGGCACUUGGUGUCGGACGUGUCAUGCUUUCAAUGCUUCUGGAUGCGUACGACGAAGAAGAGGUGAGCGGCCGAAAGCGCACCUUGCUACGCCUUCACCCGGAUAUUGCUCCGUACCGUUUUGCUGUGUUGCCGCUUGUUAAAAAGGAACCUCUGUUAGAGGUGGCUCAGAAACUAUUUGAAGAUUUGUGUGAAAGUGCUAGUGUGGACUACGAUGUGGCAAGCAGCAUUGGCCGCCGUUAUCGCCGCCAAGACGAGAUCGGCACGCCAAUGUGCUUGACUGUAGACUUUGAUACGCUGGAGGAUAAGUGCGUGACUGUUCGUGAUCGCGACAGUAUGGAGCAAAAGCGUGUGCCGAUUGAGCAGAUUCUUCAAGUUUUGCGUCUUGUGUUUUCACUUCCGUUGGAACUUUUCGCGAACUGGAUGAGGACUAACGGUUGGGAAUUAAACGGCAAAUGUGAGGUUGGAAGCAUGGCUUGCAACAAUGUACAACGGGAAAAUGUCGUGUCGAGCAAAUGUUUUCGUCUUUUGUAUUUGAGGCACGAGAUUCAAACCGACAUGAAAGUUUUGAAACCUGUUGUGGAUGAAGUCAACGUACUACGCUUGUGCCAGUCGCUAGGCAUGACCCUGUCCAGCAAAACUGAUCCAGAUUCUAUGCAUAAGUUCGAGUUCGGUAUUUUUGAUGCCGAUGACUAUGAUACCGACUUUGCGCGUUUUGUUCGCGAGAAAUUACUUGCUCGGUAUCCCAGCAAGGGGCAAGAGGAUGGGCAAGACAAAGAUGUACUAGAAAUUGGUUGCUUGUUCGGCAAGCAAUUAGAGGUGAAGGCUGAGCUUACUCGAAUGGGGUUCUGGGAUAACGGAUGCGAUGAAAGUUUAUUUGAACCAGAUGCCAUUCGAGAUACUCCAACUUACGUGCUUCGGCUCUUACUUACACUGAACCCCAAUAUCACGUGCUGUUUAUCGCAGGAAGAUUUUCGAUGUGUAAAGAGUGAGGUGGAUGUUAUGUCUGCUAGUUCGUCCAUGCGAUGGAAUUCGUAUUCAGUGGCUUUUCGAGUUCAAAAUCAAGUGGAGCAGCAAGACGGUUUCACUUGUAAUGCAGUCACGAAAGUGUCGAUCCCUAAAUCUGAUCGUGUUAAGGCUGUUUGGUUUGUAGAUGGAGUCGUGCCGUCCGUAGCUGUUGAAAAUUUGAUCCCGUCAGCAACCGAGUGGAUUACAGAACAAGACGUGACGCCUUGUAGCAGCUUUGCGCAGUGGCUUUGGGAGAAACACGAAAAAUAUUUGAUUGAACUCAAACCUAGACUGCUUGAUUUGACAACCGUACGUGAUAAUACUCUCGAAAGGUUUGAUUACUUUCCAGAAGACGAGAUAAAUGCCCUACGAAAGAAUUGCAGCGACGAAUUUGAGAAAGUCAAGCAGCAAUUUUGUUACGAAACGUACGAGAGGGCGAAGAAGACUUAUGAGGACGCAGUUCAGGACGCCAACGUGUUGUUUGCUGUUCGAUGUUCAGCAAACUCAUCGCAAAUGGAUUCGGUACUAAGACAAUACACGAGCUUUCUCCAGCAAUGUAAAAACUUUGAAACAGUUGCGACACUGGAACCUCAGGUGCGCAAUAUGCUCUACUUGCCCGAUAGGAUUCAAAAGCACAUGGUGCUACUGGGUGAUGCUUACUCGCGCCAUCUACCGAAGUUUAUGGAGAUGCUAGACGCAAUUGUGGCUGGCGUCCACGUUAAUGACACUGCAAACAUAUACAGGAGUUGGUUACGGCAAGCAAUUCAAGUUACUCUCGGAUGGAUAUGGCGAAGCAGCGACCAGCCUAGUUGCGACUUUCAGCUUGCAAUGGAACAGCGCCAACUCACAUUGCUGCCUAUGUGGACAGAUGCUGUUGAGCAAAUUGUAACCAAGAUGCAAGAAGUAGAAUAUGAGCGCCAAUUGCAAGAAUUCUUGCUGAAGCGUGAUAUUGGGCUGGGCCGGAAUGAAGCAGCAGCAAAGGAACGUGCUUUUGACCGGUUUUGUGAAUAUCUGAAAAGUGGAAACGGUAGGCCAUAUAUCGAGAUCAGUAAUGUAAUGUGUACUUCAGAUGCUGCUGCCGUCAAAGUUACAUUGAACAAGGAAGUAGAGAGAGAUCCAAUGAAGAUAAUCUGCAUGUAUCAAAUUGGAAACGGCGGCGCUGGUCUAGUAUCAGAAAUGGGGACACUGGAGGUUGAGCCAGGCUUUGUGGUACGUAAGCUUGCGACGGUUAAAACUGGAAUGGUGGUUGGGAUUCUCGUUAAAGAUGACAAAACAGUAGUGCGCCGAAACUACGUGUCAACACAAACGAAUCUGUCGGCUGAAACACUAUAUGAAGAUGUGCGAACAUUCCCACGUGCAUGCUCCCUGUGCUCAAUUCGAGUGAGUGAUCGAAGGAUUGCUUUUUUGUUUGGCGUUGGCGCGGAGAGCCUUGGUUGUGUUGCGUUUUGUAGAUUCAACGAGUCGUAUACUAGCGUUGAGGUAACGCAAAGGAUCGACCUGGAUGCAUUAUUCGGUCUAGCUUGUCCUCUAGCGGAUAUUCUGCUGACCGAGCGUUCACUGUGUGUUGUGGAUAAGAACGGAGAUGUUCAGUCGUUUGAUCUACGAACUCGUCAAACCUCGAAGAAAACUUCAUGUGGCAAGCACAACGGUGAAGAUGACGGCGAAUGGUUAGGCGGCUUAAUGAGCUUCGCAGAUGAACUUGUCGUAGGACGGGCUAAACUUGGUGAAAACAAGCGGCUGUGCAUACGCUCCAUGUCCAACGAGGAUCAUCGAGCACUCCCUUCUGCGGUUCUUGAAAUGGAUAUGCCAUCGACGGAACUUGUAGUAGGUAGCAUGGGUGACGUACUGUACGUGGUUGACGUUCGUGGCGGCAAUGUCUACUCGUCAGAGCUGAGUGUCACAGUUACAAGUGAAGCGUAUCGCAUUCAGCGUCUUAUUGAUGUGUCAAUGAACCCGGACACAGUGUUCUCUCUUGGCUUGGAGAUUGCUGUCAGCGGGCAUAUUAAUAAGAAUUGGUUUGCGACGAAGUAUGCAACAUCAGUGUGCGUGCAAUAUCUCAACAAUGUGAUGGUCGAUUUGCGUCGUCUCAACAAACCGCUGUGCGAAUUGGACUUGGUAAAAAAUCUUAAGUAUCGGUGUUCUGAGCUGAUUGGAAAUGAGACUAGUCUACAAAUCACGUCAGUACAGCAUUUUCUUCUGACAAUUGCGUUGUUUGUUCCUGUUCAGAUAUGUCGAGCAGAAGACAACAUGCUCAAGCUGCUGCAAAACGGCCAAAAUGUCCCAAAGAGCUUCAAGGGGUUGAGUGUAACAAGUUGUGGUGAUAAUGGUAAUAUCAGUGGAACUGACGCAUCAAAAAUUGCACAAGCCAUUCGCUUUGGGUUUCUUUCUCCACUUCUGGAGUCGUGGAAUGGUCCAUGCGUGGUCGUUACGUCGAUGGGAAAGCAAUCUACAGGAAAAAGUUAUUUUCUAAACCAUCUUGCAGGCACUUCGUUUGCAAUGUCAGGCUCACGUUGCACUAAUGGAGCUUGGAUGUCGCUUCGGUUUGUAUCUGCAAGAGUGCUGCUUGUCAUACUAGACUUUGAAGGUCUGGGGUCUUUUGAGCGUUCGGAACAGGAAGAUGUUUUCUUGUCGGUCUUAAAUGCAUCGGUUUCCAUGUUCACGGUUUUUCGGAUGGAAAGUAGGUUUGACAAAGAUAUUGAUGGAUUGUUUUCACGUUUUCAAAAGGGUGUUCAACUGAUUAAGAAUGACCCACAACUUUUUCGUGGGUUAUUGUACAUGAGCGUUAAGGAUGUGAACAUGAAUGACCAACUAGGUGUCGUUAAUGAGCUCGUGGCAAAGCUAGACGCGAUUUUUGUGGCCAAUAAGAAGCAAAACUUUCUGACCGAAAUGUAUGCAGGACAGUUGGAAAUUAACUGCACACCUCCGCUCGGUACGAUUGAUUACUAUGAAUGUAUGAAGAAUGAUGCGGCGAAAGCGCUAUGCGAUCUUUUAUUCACCUCUGAAGGUGCGGGAAGAGGUUUCUCAACAGGUAAGGCUUUCCUGGACUGCGUACGGAUCGUCUUGGCGAAAAUCUCGAUUUUGGACUGGACUGUAAUGGACAAAAGCACGCAAAGUUUGCUCGUCGCUGACACCAAGCAAAAGCUUCCUGGAAUACUUCGUACAGGAUGUCACGUUUCGCUGCCUCUGGUAGCCGACGAGACUAUACCUUUGCAUUUAAAGGAAGAUGUUUUGCAAGUGGGUUCUUUUAAGAAAAUUGUAGUUUCGUUGAAAGAAAUGUGCGAAGCAAAUCCUGGUUAUAAGACCAAGUGGGUGGCGCUCGAUGAUGCCGUACCCUUGGACAGCGUCAAAGAUGAGGACUUUGAUAUGGGGUUUGAUGUAACUUCACUUUCCACUAGCAAAUUAAACAUGGUGCAGAAUGCGAUUGGUGUGUUUUUUCACUCCUUUUUGAAUCUACGUGGCAAAGCGUAUGAUAGCUGUAAGCUUACAACGGAAGAUCAGAGUGAUUUUGACGCCUUUGAAGCCUUUGUAUUGCGCCGACGAAAGAAGAAGGUGUCUCUCUGGCUUCACAGUUCUCUCGGUGAUCAUUUGUCAGAGGUGCGAACACAGUUAGAGCAACGCUACGUAGACCUGCUCACUCUUUACAUGUCACGGUGCCAGCAGAGAUGCAAACAUUGCCAACUUGGAUGUAUGCACUCUGCGAUGCACGCGCCCGAGAUUACGCACAAUUGCUACAUGGACCACAAAUGUCGAGGCCAGUGCGAGUAUGGCGAAUGCCAAACAAACUGUGAAGCUGCGCAAGUUCCUGCGUGCUCUCAAAGUGCAGGACACGAGGGGAAGUGUGAAUGUGAGAAAGGAGAACAUACUUGUGGGAAGCCUUGUGCACUUAUUCGCGCGUCAAAUUGCGACAAGACAUGCUCCAAAUUAGAUGAUCACGUUGGUGACCAUCGUUGCUCCGUUCCGGUUCACGUCUGCGGCGUGGCGUGUUCUGCAACAACCUGUACUGCGACUUGUUUGCUAGACAUUCAACGAGAUCACUCAGUUCACAAGUGUGCUGAGGUACAAUGCUUGCAACCGUGCUUAAUGGACGGGUGCAAUAAUUUGUGUGGUGAGAAGAACCACUUUCACGGGCAGCAUGCAGUGUCACGUGCCUUUAUGGAGGAAAGUGGUAUGGCUGGCGUGAGUGAAGAUCCAGCGGAUAAUGGAGUAGUCACGCACAUGUGUAGUUGCAGUCACGCAUGCAGAGAAAUGUGUACGGUGGAUGGUAUUUGCGAGCAAAAGGUUCACCUGAAGAGAUCUACUCGCACGUACACAGGCGCGCGUGGAUCAUUCGAAUACAUUUACCAGGAGAUGAAUGGCUGCAAGAAGCGCUGUGCUCACAUGAAACCUAGCGGCGAGGUGUAUCAUAAAGGACUUGGCCAUACUUGUCUAGUCCCGACCAAUGAAGAACAUGACGUGCAGAACACUGUCCACUACUGUGACGCUCGAUGCCCUUCGUGCAACUAUUACUGUGACAAAGGCUUUGGCCACAUGGGAUUGCAUGCUACUUCUCAUGGUAAUAUGCGGAAUACGUACUUCAUGGCCAAAGUCAAUGAUAUUGAGGUCGAGAAUAGACAAUAUCGAGUUGGCGAGCGUGGCACUGCAGAGAUGUGCAACCUUUUCUGCGCUAAGGUGGGACGCGGUCAUGUUCAUUAUCUGUCCUGCGAGAGCAACAAAAACGAGAACUGUGUGUAUACAUCAGGUGCUAGCAAAGAUCGUCGACGCCACUGUGUCCAUGAGUUGUUUCCUCCGCCUGACCGAGAAAUGGAUGAGCUACUGCAUGCUCAGUUCUGGACAGCCAUCGGGUGGGAAGAUCCUUGCAAUGAAGAGGAGCGCGCUGUCUUUGCAAAGUGUGCGUUCCAGUGCAAUGCACCAGAACAUGAAGGUGUCGACAGAGAACCUUCUUACUGCGUCCUGGAUGCUUGGCAUGAUUUCGAAGCUAAGGAAGCUCACGAUGAUGAUUUUGCCUAUGUCGACGGGCACAAGUUUGGUUGUGUGCACAGUAUCGAUACGGAUAAAUUCCACAGUAUUUUCGUUCUGGACAGCUCUGGAUCAAUGGAUGGUCAACCUUGGCAGGACCUGCUGUGUGCGUGCAAAGAGUUUGGCAUUAGUCGUCUAAGUGAUGGAGGGAAGGACGAUGUAGUUUCCUACAUUACAUUUGAUAAUGAGAGUCAAAUUGUUUGCGAAGGUGAGCUCUUACCCGAAGCGUUGAAGAUAGUAGUGCCGUUCACUGGAGGACAAACUUACUUUCGCAAAGGGUUGCGUGCUGCUAAUGAAGUUUUGUCACGCAACAAUUUUGACGAGUUCAAAACCGCGUUGAUCUUCUUUUCGGACGGCUAUCCAAACGAUAUAGGCAAGGCCAUUCGAUUUGCUCAACAUAUUCGCUCGACGUACGCCAAGUAUGACUUGAAAGCUUUCGUUGUUGGUUUUGGAUGCGCGAAUUUGCCGGUACUACAACUACUGGCAGCCGAGAUAGGUGGCGAGUAUCGCCAGGUAUUGAAUGCUGAGGCAUUAAGAACUGAGUUUUUACGGAUCGCUGCAGUCUUGUGCAAGAAUGAGGCGAGCCUCGUGCUGUUGGAGUCGCAAACUGAUGCUGCGUGA